AUGUUUAAAGUCGAAGAAGAUGGAUUGAGAUCUCACAAACAGACUGUAGAGUUCAGUGGCCAGGAAGAUCAUCACUCAGCGGAUGUAUACAGCACAGAUGUAACAGUAAUACCAUCGCGUGGAGAACAUGACCACGGGAGUUCAAAAGUAAAAUUAAAAAACAUUGUAGAUUUCACAUGGGAGUCACACUAUUAUACUGGACAACUUCUGGCCGUUCAUAUGUCGGGAAAGUACCUCGCAUAUGGAAUAAAAGCUGGAAGCGGGGCUGGUGUUGUCAGGGUAGUAUAUAAAGAUUCCGAGCAACGAGCUCUUCUGCGAGGAAUGCGAGGCGUGAUCCAAGACCUUGCAUUCGCCCAUGUGCAGAACGUCAUCCUGGCUUGCAUCGACCACACGGGUAGCUUUUUCGUUCACACGAUAGUUUCCACAGCAGCUCAGUUGGUCUGCAAUCUUCUGCUACUUGUUAAUUCCGAGGUAGUGACGCCGACCACCCACCGCGUGAUCUGGUGUCCAUUUAUUCCUGAUGAAGAUACCGGUGAAACGGAUGACGUUUCAAAGCUGCUUAUGGUCACGCGAGGUGCUGCCGCAGAACUAUGGUCUAUUGACAAUGUCUAUGCGCAAUUAGGCUCUGGACCUCUGGCGAUAAGUGACCCAGCUGUCAAAGGAUGUGGAGGCUUUGCUGAAAUUUGCCAGCAUGAGUCGACUAUUGUCGAGGCCAUUCUCAGCCCAGACGGUACUGCAAUAGCAACUGCAAGUCUUGAUGGAGAAGUCAAGUUCUUCCAGGUAGUUUACAACAACACCCUUCAAGAGGCUUGUUGCCUUCACCAAUGGAAGCCUCACGACGGACGACCAGUUUCAUCUCUUUUUUUCCUCGACGACCACAAAAACUACAACUCAGAAGCCCAAUUUUGGCGAUUUGCCAUCACUGGGUGUGACAACAACACUGAGUUAAAAGUUUGGUCUUGUGAAAAGUGGAAAUGUCUUCAAACAAUAAAAUUCGAACCUUCUCCAUCAAGCGGCAAGAUGCCGAUGCUAAAAGCAGGGCUUGAUUUAUCCGCAGGCUUCCUUCUGCUAUCUGACAUCUGUAACAAAGGUCUUUACAUCCUCAGCAUCGCCAAAGACACUGGCGACGGUCUAGCCUGUAUAUCAACAAUUUCCGAAUUCCGACUUCCAUACCCAAUCCUGAGUUUCGGGAUCGUCGACGCUGGCAUGCGUAAAGUCCGACCCACCGGUGAGUCAUUGGAAGAUCUCUGUCCCCUGGAUGACGAAAGCGACGAGCAGUUAGUAAUUCGCAUGUAUCUAGUCCAACCUAAAUCACUCCAAGAGUGUCACAUAGCCUUCCAGCCAGCACGACAACUCACCAGCGGCUGUAUGAUGGACACACUAACUCACGACUCUCUGGACUACUCCGAAGACCUGCAGCAUAUCAGACACGAGCAGAACGGCGUCGUCGAGGAAAAUGGCGAUGAGACAGUCUCCGGAUCUCUGGAAGCCAACCACGCAAGCUUGAAUCUCAUGACUCCCGACGCUUUUAGCUCACCAGCUAAAAAAGAGAACAACUUGUCUGGAUCUACCAGCCCGGAACUCGGCAAUGUUUUGUCCGCUAGUCCUUCACUAGCUCAAGCAGUCCACGCGUUGAACACUUCGGAUGUACCUCUGGCGACCAGCGAGCGAGAGCGCGCUCAACAGAGUGGAGGUAGCAGUCCUUCGAGAGAAGUUAGAGAAAUUUUGUCUCUAGCCGAGCCUGAGGAUGACGAAGAAGAGGAAGACUUCAAAGAAAUUGAGUCGGUCAAUAAAGACGAAGAAAACUGGUCUAAUAUUCCUGUGGUGAUGCUCAAAGACGUUCACCUGGAGCCUGAAGACCUUCCCAAGGACGACAUAGUGCCAAAAGAGUCUAAGUUAGUCUCCCAAGAAGCCUGGCUGUCUACCAACAAAGCAGUCGCGUCUCUCACCACCAAAAUUGAUGGACUUUUUGAGAUUAUCCAGGACCAACAUCAAGAAUUGAGAGAGUUGAGGUCGGAAGUUUCGAGAUUAAGGCAGGAUACACCUGUACUGACGAGAGUUGAGAGCGCGUUUUCGCGCGUGUCACAGCAGCAGCUUGCGAACAUCGAGCAAACCAUCUACGGAAGACUUGCUCGACAAAAUGAAUUUUUGACUACUGUCGAGACGACGGUUAAAGAAAAUAUUCAGUCAACUCUACCCAAGGUAGUUACUGAUGUUGUAGACCCGCUGAAAAAUCAGUUUAAAUUAGAGGUGGAAAAAAUAGAUGAUUUAAUGAGAGAAAAUUUCACGCAACUGAUCACCAGCAAUCAAAUGCGUGAUAUUAUUGUCAAUGCGGCCAAGUCUGUUUUAACUGAGUCUUUUAAAAGUUCUUUUGAAAGCACCUUGCUCCCGGGAUUUGACAAUGCCUGCCAGAAUAUGUUCAAGCAAAUCCAAGUGUCUUUCUCAAUGGGAACUGAACAGUAUCUUACUAAUGUUAAAGCGAAUCUGGAGAAAGAGUACCAGAAGAAAAAUGAGUUACAGAGCGAAGAGUUGUCGCGUUUAGUUCGCGGGGAACUUGAGACUGAAGUUACACGAGGAUUUAAUAAUCUGCAGGAAGGAAUUCUCAGGUCGGUCAGAGAGUCUAUCAGGGAGAACAUGGGCCAGCAUAUGAUGGACAUCCAGGCCAGGUCAAGAGCCACGACACCUGGUAUCACGGCUUCGAGUCCUGCGGAUGGCCAACUGAGGGUACUUGGUUAUCUCCAGAAAGGUCAGCUGUCUCACGCCUUUCAAUAUGCACUCAGUGCAAGUGACCUUGGGCUUGUGGUACUUGUUUGCGACAGAAUUGAGCCUCAGAAAGUCUUCAGUAGUCAAUCUGGAGGUCGCAGCAUCCUUGCACAGCCGGUUAUUCUGUCUUUGGUGCAACAAUUGUCGGCGGACCUUGGUCAUCGCACGGAACUGAAGAACAAGUGGCUUGAAGAAGCAGUCUUGAAUUUGGAUCCUAAUGACCCGGUAACUCGGGAGCACAUGGGUGUUGUUUUGAUGACUCUUCAGACACAGCUGACGACUUUUAUGAAUGCUAAUCCAGUUCAUCGGUUAUCCAAGCGCAUGAAGAUGCUGUCGAUGGCUGCCCAAGCUCUUCUUAACCAGCAACACCCUUAA